CAAAUAAUAAUGACGUCCUCACCACGAAAACAAUCUGGUCGGUGUCGGGUUGAGUCACACGAUUUGCUUCGCUGGGUAGCCGCCAUCUGUCGCCGCCGUCUGGCUCAGAAUCUCGCAGCAGUCAGGUGACGUUAUCAAUCAAUGCAUGCCCGGCCCACUCAGAGGAUUAGCUCACGGGGAACAAGAUGGAAAUUAAAGCUCCAAUAUGUAACAAGCCUACCUCAUCUUGCGUGUGCGUGCGUGCGAGAGGGUGGGGAGGGAAGGGGAAGAAGAGAGGACACAUUUGGACUCAAGAGAGCAGCCGUGCUUUUGCUUGCCGCGCCUCUACCCCCUCCUCUUUUUCUCCUCCAUGCCGGGGAGGAGAGUGUGUGUGGCGGCCAUGGCAAAGGCGCGUGUGUCGUUGGAGUUUUCCGAGGCGGAGGACCGCAGCAUCCGGCUGGGAUUGUUCCUGAUGGCGUGCGGGGUGUUGAGUCUCUUCAUCCUGGGUUUCUGUUGGAUCAGCCCGGCGCUCCACAGCCUCAACAGCAAGAGCGCCAAUUGCACUGUGGUGUCAGUGUUGCGUCCGGAGGAGACAUUUGCGUGCGUGUUCACCUGUGGCGCGGCCUGCAAGGGCACGUCGUCGUAUCCUUGCCUGCAGGUCUUCGUCAACAACUCCGAGUCUUCUACUUUAGCUCUGUUGCACUUUGACGAGCAGCAGCUGGUUCUCAACCCCAAGGUACAGCCCACUUUUCAUCAGCCAUUGGGAAAAGUGUCUGCUAGUGUGACAUUUAAGGUCAGGGGAUGGAGGUGUUGGGCAGCCAUGACAUUGCUGUGUCGCUGCUGCAACAGAGUAAAUAUAGAGGAAGACGGCGCGCGUCAUCCAUGCUGCUCGGUCGCCAUAGUGACGGGCUGAUGUGCAGUAAAGCGUCUUUAAAUGACCAAUGA